AUGGGCUUACCGAAUAGCGUUCAAACGCCGAUUGGAACAUCCCCAUAUAGACUUAUCUUUGGAACAGCUUGUUAUUUGCCAGUUGAAUUAGAACACAAAGAUUUUUGGGCAUUGAAAGCACUAAACUUUGAUUUGACCUCUGCUGGUAAAAAUAGGUUUUUUCAGGUUAAUGAAUUAGAAGAGCUGAGAUGGACAGGUCCUUACAACGUUACAAAUGUUACUUCAUAUGGUGCUAUUGAGAUUCAGCAGAUCAGUGUUGGAACAAAGUUUAAUGUAAAUGGUCACAGACUAAAAUUAUAUUUUGGAGGGAAAUUUGAGAAACAACCAUCAGUUACUCUAAUUGAAUGA